ACUGUCGUAAAAUAACAUCACAGCGCUUAUUUUUUUUAUUCCCAUAAAUUCCCUGUCCGUAACAAAAUAAUGUAAAACGUUGGACGCUGUCUCUAAUGAAAGGAGCUUUUGAAAAAUGCUUCCGACAUCAAUAAUAAUAAUCUUUUCCACCAACUUUUACUAUAAAUAGACAGUAUAUUUUCUGAAACAACUUUAAGAUAAAAAAAUUAUCAACAAUAAAUCAGGGAACUCUCGAACAGUUUAUUCUUGACGAUCAGACCUUUGCGCAGAUCUACAAGAGUGGGGCAAUUUGUAUCCCCACUAAACCCGGUUAAGGUUUCAGGACUGUUUAGGAUGACUUCAGUGAUCUCUACGGGCGAUAUCAGGAAAUGCAACAGGUGAAAAACUAUUCAAUGCGCUGUCGUCGUUCCCGCCAAGGAAGGUGCACUUCUGGAAGACAACUCUGCCUGCAUUUGGGAAGUUCGAGGGAGGGAGAAAUAAUAAUUAUUCUCACGAGAUCAACCAUUCUACAUUUUGUCAAGAUGAAAACAGUAGCAACAGAAAACCUACUGCCAUGGACGACAACUUGAGUAACUCCAAUGUAAAGGUCGCUGUUCGCCUCCGACCAAUGAACAGAAGAGAAAAGGAUCUGAAGACUAAAUGUGUGGUGGAGAUGAACGGGAACCAGACAGUGUUGAAUCCAGCUAGUCAGAACCUGAGCAAGGGAGACCCCAGGAAUCAGCCUAAGGUCUUUGCUUAUGACUACUGUUUCUGGUCCAUGGAUGAGGCCGACACAGACAAGUUUGCAGGUCAAGAGGUCGUGUUCCAGUGCCUUGGAGAAAGUCUUCUGGACAAUGCCUUCUUGGGCUAUAACGCCUGUAUCUUCGCUUAUGGACAGACAGGCUCUGGGAAGUCGUACACCAUGAUGGGUUCGUCAGAGCAGCCAGGUCUGAUCCCACGGCUGUGCAGCUCUCUGUUUGACCGGAUCGUACAGGAACAGAGGGAGGGAGAGAGCUUCACUGUAGAGGUCUCCUUUAUGGAGAUCUACAACGAGAAGGUUCGGGAUCUACUGGAUCCCAAAGGAAGUCGUCAGGCCCUGCGAGUGAGGGAACACAAGGUGUUCGGGCCUUACGUUGAUGGUCUGUCCCAUCUGGCUGUAGCCUGCUAUAAGGACAUAGAGUGUCUGAUGUCAGAGGGUAACAAGUCUCGUACAGUAGCAGCCACGAAUAUGAACGAGGAGAGCAGCAGGUCCCACGCCGUCUUCAACAUCAUCCUCACACACACUCUAAUGGACCUGGGUUCUGAGACGAGUGGUGAGAAGGUCAGUAAGCUGAGUCUGGUGGAUCUGGCCGGCAGUGAGAGAGCUGCUAAGACUGGAGCUACUGGAGAGAGAAUGAAGGAAGGAGGCAACAUCAACAAGUCUCUGAGCACACUGGGCCUGGUGAUCUCAGCGCUGGCAGACCAAGGAGCAGGGAAGAACAAGACCAAGUUUGUUCCCUACAGAGACUCAGUUCUGACCUGGCUACUCAAGGACAGUCUGGGUGGUAACAGUAGGACAGCCAUGGUGGCCACAGUGAGUCCAGCAGGUGAUAACUACGACGAGACGUUGUCCACGCUGCGCUACGCUGACCGGGCUAAGAGCAUCGUCAACCACGCCGUCGUCAACGAAGACCCCAACGCACGCAUCAUCAGAGAGCUACGGGAGGAGGUGGAGAAACUACGAGACCAGCUCACUGAGGCGGAGUCCAUGAAGGCUCCAGAUCUGAAGGACAGGCUGGAGGAAUCGGAGAAGCUGAUCCAGGAGAUGACUGUUACCUGGGAGCAGAAAUUACGCAAGACUGAGGCAGUUGCUCAGGAGCGUCAGAAACAGUUGGAGUCUCUAGGCAUCUCUCUCCAGUCGUCUGGCAUCAGAGUGGUAGAUGACAAGUGUUUCCUUGUCAACCUCAACGCCGACCCUGCCCUCAACGAACUGCUGGUCUACUACCUAAAGGAGCACACGCGUGUUGGCUCUGCUGACUCUCAGGAUAUCCAGCUGUGUGGUAUGGCCAUCCACCCUGAACACUGUGUCAUCAACAUCACCGCUGAGACUGGAGUGGUGCUCACACCACACCGCACCGCACGUACGUGUGUGAAUGGCUCUUCAGUCACCAACCCAGUCCAGCUUCACCAUGGAGACCGCAUCCUGUGGGGAAACAACCACUUCUUCAGGAUCAACCUGCCCAGACACCUGGCCCAUGCAGGGGGUGAGGAUGAGGAGGGUGGUGUGAUGAAGAGUUUCCUCAGUACUGACCAGUUGGAGGUGGACUUUGAUACGGCCAGUGACGUCUCCAGCGAGGUCAGCUUCGGAUACGAUUUCGCCCAGACAGAGGUCAUGAUGAAAGGCAUGGGCAACAACGACCCCAUGCAGUCUGUCCUCCAGACGUUGGAGCGACAGCACGAGGAGGAGAAGAGGACGGCUCUGGAGCGACAGAGACAGAUGUACGAGCAGGAGCUGCAGCAGCUGAGGAAGCGGCUCCCUCCUGCAGAGAAACACACCCUGCUGCCUGCAGACCUGGAGCCAGCCAGUCCCUCGGCAGCAUCGCUCGCAUCAUCACCCUGCGCCCAGACACGCAUGCGCCGCUGGAGCGAGGACAGAGAGGCCAUGAUGACGCGUAGCCUGCGAAGGCUGAGACAACAGAUCGUCAGAGCUAACCUGCUGGUGCAGGAGGCUGGCUUUAUAGCUGAGGAACUCAACAAGAGGACUGAGUACCUGGUCACACUGCAAAUACCUGCUGCUAACCUCAAUGCCAACAGAAAGCGUGAUGCGGUGCUGAGUGAGCCCGCGGUGCAGGUGAGGCGUAAGGGGAAAGGGAAACAGAUCUGGGCUCUGGAGAAGAUGGAGAACAGACUGGUGGACAUGAGAGAACUGUACCAGGAGUGGAAGGACUAUGACGAAGACAACCCUGUGAUGCGUUCUUACUUCAAGCGUGCCGACCCGUUCUUCGACGAGCAGGAGAACCACAGUCUGAUAGGAGUGGCCAACGUGUUUCUGGCCUGUCUCUUCUACGACGUCAAGCUGCAGUACGCUGUACCCAUCAUCAACCAGAAGGGAGAGGUGGCAGGGCGUCUCCAUGUGGAGGUGUGGCGGGGAAGCGAGGGGCUGGAGGAGACCACUGCAGAUGGAGAGACUCGCAAAAUGGAGUGUGUGGUGAGGAUCCUGCAGGCUACAGGUCUUCCCCGUCACCUGGGUAACUUUGUGUUCUGCCAGUACCACUUCUGGGGGCAGGACGAGCCUGAGUUCAUCGCCCCGGAGAUGGAGCCCUCACCUCCGUCAGCCACCAGCAAAGAGCCCCUCUGCACCGUGCUGUUUGACAGUAGCAAGGAGAUGGAGGUGUGUGUGUCCGAGGAGUUUGUGGAGUUUGUGGCGGAGGGGGCAGUGGCCAUCGAGGUAUUUGGACAUAAGCAGGUCAACCACCGCAGGAACCUGGCUCUCUGGGAUCUGGGAGUCAUUCAGGCAAAGACACGAACCCUCAGAGAGAGGUGGAGUGAGGUGACUCGUAGAUUAGAGCUGUGGGUUCAGGUGUUGGAGCUGAAUGAAGCAGGAGAGUUCACCCCUGUGGAGGUCCUACCACCCAAGGACGUGGGCACUGGGGGCAUCUUCCAGCUCAGACAGGGCCAGUCUCGUCGUGUUCAGGUGGAGGUCCGGUCCGUACAGGACUCGGGCACCAUGCCUCUCAUUGCCACAAAAAUCCUCUCUGUUUCCAUCGGCAACGUGGAGGUUCGGCAGGCCCACCCUUCGGAUGAGGACAUGGACAGCUAUCAGGAAGUUGAUCUGGAGAGGUUGAGGGACCAGUGGCUGACCACCCUCACUACAAGACAAGAAUACCUGGACCAGCACCUGCAGAAAAUGGUCCAAAAGCCCGAUAAGUCAGAGGAUGACGUGGAGAGGGAGGCUCAGCUGUUAGAAUGUCGUCUGACCCUGACAGAGGAACGUAACGCUGUCCUGUUACCUUCGGCUGGUAGCGGGAUCCCUGGAGCCCCCGCAGAGAGAGUUCCUGUUCCUGGGAUGGAGACUCACAUUCCUGUCCUCUUCCUGGACCUUAGUGCUGAUGAUUUCCAGGACAACCUGUCUGCUCCGCUGGCUGGAGGUCUGGACGCCAUGCUGAACCAUGAGGAUGAGGAUGAGUUCUUCGACCUGCACAUCAUCAAACAUUCCGAUGGAGAGGUUGGUGCGGAGGCGGCGUGGGACUCUACGGUACAUGACUGCCCCCAGUUGAGUCGCGGCGCGUCGGCUGACCUCCGAGUGUACCUGACAGUCAGGGUCGUAGUUCAGCUCUCACACCCUGCUAACAUGCAGCUGGUUCUCAGAAAACGCAUCUGUGUCAACCUAGCCGGAAGACAGGGUUGGGGUCAGAGUCUGAUGAAGAAGAUGUCUCAUCGCAGCACCAUUCCUGGCUGUGGAGUCACCUUGGAGAUCGUCUCCAACAUACCUGGGGAUGUCCAGGGUCCAGAGGACAGAGAGAUGCUGGCCAGACUAGCCGCCAGUGUGGAUGUUCAGGAUGUCCAGUCAGGGGACAGUGAGGUUGCCAUAGAGAAGUACCUCCGCAGUGUCCUGGCUGUGGAGAAUAUACUCACCCUGGACCGACUACGACAGGAAGUUGCAGUGAAGGAGCGGUUGUCUGUCAAGACCAAGUCUCCCAGACGUGCUCUCAGCUCUCCUAAUGUGAACCGGCUGUCAGGAUCCUGGAGCAGACAGGACCUGUCCACCAACCACAGGCUACAUGACAACAAGGGCUGGUCCGAGAGUCACCAGGACCUGUCAGUUGUUCCUCCCCCGUCCCACUCCAGACAUACCCUCUCUGGCUCCACUCUACCUCUGGCCCAGAACAUCCUCCCUGACACUGGUGAGAACAACACAGUCCUCCAGAACAUCCUCCCUGACACUGUCAAGGCUCUGGUCCCUCCUGUCCCCAAGCUGCUCAAGUCCCUGUUCUCCGCCAGGGAGGAGAGAGACCUGACUCCUGUCCCCCAGCAGCCUGUUCCUCGGAGCCUGCCUUUCAUCAGAGUGCAGUCACCAAGUGUUGAAGAGGACUUGGAUACCACACUUGGUCAUCACUUGAAAAAUAUGAAGACAAUAAUGCAGGUUCCCAUUGGAGAAAUCAUCCCCCCAGAGAGCCAAUCAGAGGCCCCAAAAACCAUGCCCCUCCCACCACCCAUCAUCCCUGAGGUGGAAGAGCCCGCCCCCAGCCCGGUCAGCGAGGCGUUUACCAGCGUCUCCACGGCAACCCUGUCAGAGCCCUACCUGAUUGGUGGGGACGUCACUCCGUCAGCCAAUCUCAGGCCAGAUGGCUUUGAGGCGAUGCACAGGUCAUUCGAGGCAGACAUCGGUCGGUACCUUCAUCAUGACUGUAACAUGGCCGACCAGGAGGAAGAGGAGGAGACUCCUCAGAUACCCCAGGCAACUGCUACUGACCUGGAGGUUUCGGAGACCGAGAGGACUGAUACUAGUACACCCCAGGCAGACAGGUCUGAUACUAGUACAUCCCAGGCAGACAGGACUGACACUAGCACAUCCCAGGCAGACAGGACUGACACUAGCACAUCCCAGUCAGACAGGACUGACACUAGUACAUCCCAGUCAGACAGGACUGACACUAGUACAUCCCAGUCAGACAGGACUGACACUAGCGCAUCCCAGUCAGACAGGACUGAUACUAGUACAUCCCAGUCAGACAGGACUGACACUAGCGCAUCCCAGUCAGACAGGACUGAUACUAGUACAUCCCAGUCAGACAGGACUGACACUAGCACAUCCCAGGCAGACAGGACUGAUACUAGUACACCACAGGCCACUGCUACUGACAUGGAGGCUUCAGAGACCGAGAGGACUGAUACUAGUACACCCCAGACAGACAGGACUGAUACUAGUACACCCCAGACAGACAGGACUGACACUAGUACAUCCCAGACAGACAGGACUGAUAAACUCAGAGCAGAAUCUCAUCUCCCAUUAGAACCACACGGCACCUCAGGAGAACAUGAACACAGGACUCCAUCAGAGUCACUGACACAGUCCAUGCCAGACAAGUCUACACAAGUCCACUACAGACUACUACCGUCUGUAGUGUCAGAACAAUCAGUCCAGUCACAGUCAGAGUCACUGACACAGUCCACACCAGAUAAAUCUACACAUGAACUGUCUAUAGUGUCACAUCAGUCUGAACCACCAGUCCACAUAGAAGAACCAGUCCACAUAGAAGAACCAAUGGAGUCCGAGAUACCUCAGGAACAACCAGAGACGGAGGUAAUGUUGUCAUCGUCACGGGGCCAGACAGAACAACAUGUCGGCAAGUCUGUAACGGAUCUUCCAGAAUCAGAACUGUCUGCAUCAGAACAGUCUGCAUUUGAUCGACCAGAACCACCGGUAGAAUCGGCACCAGGUCUUAAAGAGUCUCCACCACUGGACCAGUCUCCACCAGCACCAGCCCUGCCACAAGAAUCAGAUCAAGCAGCCACAGAACAGACAGGACUGUGUGAAUCAGCUGGUUCAGAACCAGUACUAGGCCAAACAGGUCAACCAGUAGAAGCAGGUCCAGACCAGUCCCAGCCUCCAUCAGAGCUACCAGAAGAACUAGACCAGCGGGCACCGGCAGCCCAGUCUCGACUUGCACCUACCCCUGUAGAGCCUCCAGUUGAUGAGCCUGCACCUAGCCAACAAGUCAAAGCACCAGCCCCAAUCCCAGCACCAGCCCCAAUCCCAGCACCAGCCCAAUCUGUAGCUCCGGGACCUGCCCAUCCAGCUCCGACCUCAACACCAACCCCUGCCCCUGACCCAGCCCCUACACCUACCCAUCCAGCUCCGACCUCAACACCAACCCCUGCCCCAGCCCCUACACCUGCCCAUCCAGCUCCGACCUCAACACCAACCCCUGCCCCAGCCAAAGCCCCUCUUCUAACCCUAAACCCUGUCCCAGCAUUAGUCGUCAAAACUCCCACUUCCAGUAGCACAUCAGCCAACGCAUUCAAGAUCCAGAAAGUAAAGACAUCCGACCUGAAGUCCUUCCAACCUAUCCUAGAUGAAGAUGAAGGCCAGGCAGGGGCAGAAAGAGCUGGGGCCAGUAGUCUGGGUGUUGACCUCUCUGUUCCUCUGGAGAGACUGGAGAUCCUCUCUGACUCAGACGAAGGAGCCACCGACGUAACCACAGCCGUGCCUGACUGGCUGAAGGAGGGGGAGUUUGUGACUGUAGGAAGUCAUAAAAGUGGGAUGGUGAGCUACGUGGGACCUACAGACUUUGCAGAGGGAACCUGGGUUGGAGUGGAGUUAGAUUUACCUGCAGGGAAAAACGACGGGUCCGUGGGUGGAAAGCACUACUUCCACUGUAACCCUGGUUACGGUGUGUUGGUGCGUCCUGAUAGGGUGAGCCGUGGAGGAGUCGGGGGCGGGGCUAAGCAGAAGCGGCGACAGCAGCAGAAGCGUCGCAGUGCUAACCUAUCAGGGUCCAGCCCUAACCUGGCUGCCCUCACUGCCCUGGCCAAGGGAGAGGGGACUGGGGCCAGUCGCAAGGGACAGAACCGCAAGUCCUGGAACAACUAAGAGGAGAGGGUAGCAGGGUUGGUGUCAAUUUCAUUUAAAUUCAGGAAAACCGAAAUUCAAUUUUUUCUCAAUGCUUCUCUAUGAGAGAAAUUAACUGAUUUGAAAUGGUAUUGAGCCCAACCCUGAAGGGUAGUUUUCUCUGUAUAGUUCCAUAGGUGAGAAUGAACCAUAGGGAGAAGAGAGAUCUACAUACACUGAACAAAAAAUUUAAACACAACCAUUUCAAAGAUGUUUACACUUCUUAUAAUGAAAUCAGUCAAUUGAAGUGAAUUCAUUAGGUUCUUAAUCUAUGGAUUUCACAUGACUGGGAAUACAGUUAUGCAUCUGUUGGUCACAGAUACCCUAAAAACAGUUUCAAAAUAAGUAGGGCCGUGGAUCAGAAAACCAGUCAACCAGCAGCAUAACACCUGGCACCCCACUGCUGGCUGACCUGUGAAGUCCUGGUCGGUCCCUGGAUGGGAGACCAGAUGCUACUGCAAGUGGUAUUGGGGGGCCAGUAGGAGGCACUCUUUCCUCUGGUCUAAAAAAAAUCCCAAUACACGAGGGCAGUGAUUGGACACUGCUCUGUGUGGGGUGCCUUCUUUCGGAUGGGACGUUAAACGGGUGGAAGUCCUGGGCUGGCGUGGUUACACGUGGUCUCUGUGGUUGUGAGGCCGGUUGGACGUACUGCCAAAUUCUCUGAAAUGGCGUUGGAGACGGC